UCACAACCUCUCUCUUGAUACAAAAGUAAGAAUGUUGCGAUGCUACGUCUUCUCUGUCCUUUUUUAUGGUGUUGAAUCGUGGACCUUAAACGAAGACAUUUGCAGAAAACUGGAAGCAGUUGAGAUGUGGCUAUAUCGGAGGAUGCUUAAGAUCCCUUACAGUUCUUUGGACAUAUUAUGCGAAAUGAAUUCAGAUAUGCUCUCCUUCAAGACAUCCUGCAAGGAAAAGUAUUUGGAAAACGAGGUCCAGGAAGAAGAAGAGAACAUCUUGGUUAAAGAACCUCAGAAUCUGGUUCAAUACAACAUCUGUGCAGUUUUUCUGCGCUGUUGCAGAUAAGAUAAAGAUUGUCAUGAUGAUCGCCAACAUUCGUAACGGAUAGGCACAU